AUGGCCGAUUUGUCUUGUAAAAUUUACGAAGAAAGACACGGUGUAGAAGUAUCGUCUUUUUGUAUUUUGGAGGCUAUGCGAAUAUUGGUUACAGCACAACCUUAUAAACCUUUAUUGUGGAAGUUAUAUUCAACUUGUCAGUAUUUAUACUCGUUAAGACCAGCGUCAUUUGCUCGUUGUGAAGUUAGGGUAGAUGAUUAUGUUUGCCGGGAGAUCGAUUGGAUCUCGGGGGAUACGGACGAAAUUUGUGACGUUAUUCUGGUAGACGAUCUUGAAAAAAAAAGAAUAUGUGAAAGAUAUUGC